GGGUCCCCCUCUCGGGGCCCAGGCAAACCCCCGGCUUCUUGAGUGAGCUGGCUCCCUGUGACCCUGAGUCACACCCUUGGUUCUCUGUGCUGGGCCCUCCUAGCAGGGUGUGGGUGAGUGAUCUUGGCCCCUUAAGACUCCAGGGCAUCAGGGCCUCUUCCUGGGAAGUGAGGGUAGCCACUCCCACUAUGGCUGUCCCCAGCCCUCAGAGAUGUCACCUGCAGGGCCACCCCCUCCAUCUGGUGGCUUCUUGCCUGCACCCCCCCACCGGUCCCGGGUGAGUGGGGGUGGGAAGGGGCGGGUGCCGCCGCCUGGAAAGCCGAUGAUUUCCUGCCCUCACCCGGCCUCACCACAGCUUCCUGCCACAGGCAGGCGGGCGCAGGGGAGGCAGGAGGUGCACAGGGCUGGGGUGCAGGGUCCUCACAGGGGAGACGGCAGACGGGCCCAGACUACGGGCCCUGCCCCACUGCCCGGGGAGUCGGGGUCUUCCGGAACCGGCACUGACCCCCUGUAGGCUCAGUGAGGGGCCCGGAGUCCCCGACGAGGGCAGCUGCCCCCUGCCAGGCCCCACUCCCCGGCAGAUGGAGGCCUCCACCUUGACGCCCUCUGAGCUGGGCCUCCUGCUGCUGCCUGUGCUCGCUGUGCUGCUGCUGGCCCUGUGCGCCCGCUGCCGGGACCUGCCCAGUGACUGUGUCUCUCCUGCCAGUUACACCCACAGCAGCGGCUUGGUGAUCAAAUCGCCUUCCACGAUGGCUCCCUGGAUACCUGACUCUUCUUACCCCCCUAUGGUGUGCUGCCCACCCUUGAGCCAGCCGGACCUGCUCCCCAUUUCGAGGUCCCCCAGGCUCUCAGGGGGCUCCCACCGCAUGCAGCCGCCCCGGCAGGACUCUGCAAGUGCCAACAGCGUGGCGAGCUACGAGAACCAGGGUACGUACGGAGGAUCAGAGGGCCCAGAGUUUGGGGGUGGCGGGGUGCUGCCACGUGCUGACCCCUAUUCCGUGUCCCCAGAGGCAGCCUGUGAGGAUGAGGACGAGGAGGACGAUGAGGACCACAAUGAGGGCUACCUGGAGGUGCUUCCUGACAGUGUCCCAGCCACUGGCACCUCGGCCCCCCCAGUACCCAGGCCCAACAACCCCAGCUUCCGGGACAGCGCCUUCUCCAUGGAGUCGGGGGAAGACUAUGUGAACGUGCCAGAGAGCGAGGAAAGUGCUGACGCAUCUCUGGACGGGAGCCGGGAGUAUGUGAACGUGUCCCAGGAGCUGCCACCACCGCCCGAGACUGAGCCUGCCACCCCCAGUUCCCAGGAAGUGGAGGAGGAAGAGGGAGCCCCGGAUUAUGAGAAUGUGCAAGAACUUCACUGAGAGCCUGUGUUCCAGGACAAGCCUAGCCUGGGAGGCCUGAACUGGGUGGCUGUCAGUGGCUCUGGAGGGUCCCGCUUGGCCCUCUCCAGGUUACAGCCUGACAACAACCUGAGAAUUUCCCCCCUAACUUAUUGUCACUUUGGGGUCCCAUCUGUAUGCCCCCAAUACUCUGUACCUUCCGACGCAGCCUGAGAAUGAACUGUGAGCCCCAGCCCCACUCUGUGACAGAAUGAAGGCUGGUGUGCUCUGGGAGUACACUUGGCUUUGGGGGGCCCUGUGGAGUGGGGUCCUGGGAGGAGGGUGAGCUGUGCCAGAGAUUCCGUCUGUAUGUCUCCACUCCCCUCCCCAAAACACAGGGAUCCUGAACCCUCAAGGGUGCUGACCAGCUGAAGCAAGUCAAACCCAUUCUGGCAUUUCCAGCCCCUCAACCACUCCCAGGAAAAUGGACCACGAGGGAGGGGACACUUAGAGCAAGGUCCUUCCCUAUUGGUCUCGAGUCCCUCCCUUUUUAAAACAAGAUGGCAGGACAGGAAGACUUGGUAGGGUGUGUGCCUUGCGGUGUGUGUUGCCCAGUGCUGGCACCACAUGGGAAUGCCACAGCAUGGGGGAGAGCUCCAGUGCUGUCUCCCCUCUCCCCCAAUAAAAGUGGGAAAAAUUAAAGGUGGUCUCAAAAGCAGUGAAAUCAUGCAUGUAUGAGGCCCAAUGCUAACAGAAAGAAAUAAAACAGUUGAGCCAUUGGGGAAGACCGGAGGGCCUCAAAAUGCUCUUUGUGGUUUUCAAGCAAAGGAACUUCAAGGUGUUGAGGACCAGCACGGUUACUCACUUGGAGAGUGCGCUGUUUUGCAUGUGCGUGACCCAGGUCACGGUCUGGCUCCCACCACACUGCAGGUGCUAUGAUGUCUCUCUCACUCUCUCUCUUGUCUGCGAAAGCCAACCCAGAGUGAAGCCCAGGUGGUGACAAAGAAAAAACUAAAUAGCUCAGCACAGAGCUCUUCCGACUUGCCAGAGGGCCUGGGACUCUGCAUUUCUCUGGCACUCCAGGGUGCCUCUGACACUACUACUCCAGGAAGUGCUUGGAGAUUGGUCCCUGGGGUUUGGGCAGGAAGGAAGAGCUCUUUCUUUCUUAUUAACUAAUGAGAGGAGCAGAGCCUCACUCUGGCACAUACGAUGCUGGGGCUCCGACUUGAGCUCAUGCCAGGGAGUCCAGAGUCUUACCCAUCCGCUUCUGCAGGGCUAGUUGGGUCUAGGUCAGCCUGCCCGGGAGGGAGCUGGGGUAUUCAUAACGAAAUCUCCUAGGCCACCAAGCUCUUUUUUGUGAUUGUUGAUGAUCCCUUGGAUUCAACUGUUCCAGCCAAGUUUUUCUGGAUAGAGCCUGAGUUAAAGAGUGAAAGAGCCCCAGCACCAAAGCUUCCUUCCUUCAAUGCAGUGGGAGCUAGGCUUAAACCUGGGUCGUGCGCGAGGCAAAGCACCGCACUUGCCAGGUGAGCUAACUUGCCAGCCCAGGAGACGUUCUUUUUCAAAGCCCAUACUCCCCUGUUCUGUGGCUGCCUCACUGAGCUGGAAGAACCUGGCCCUGGAACUCCACUUGGUAUGUCUGCCUAAGAGUGACAUCAACAUGGAGGCUAGAUGGCCCAGGUUGUACAGACAAGCUUCCUGGUAGCAUCAGAAACCCCACAUGCAGUUACCCCCAGCAGGAGUUUCCCUCAGGCCAAUAAAAAUCCCACUUUUCUCCA